AUGGGAUUAGGGGUGUGGGUUGGGAGCUACGAGGUGGGGUGGGAGUGGGGCUUAGGUUGCUGUUGGGGGUGGGAGGUGGGGCUUGGGUUGCGACUGAGGAUGGGGGUGGUCUGGGUUUCGACUGAGGCUGGGAGUAGUCUGGGUUGUUGGACAGAAGAAAAUACAGAGGAGAGAGAGAGAGAGAGAGAGAGAGAGAGAGAGAGAUGA